AUGGGUGUACCCAAAGGAUGGAGGCGACUUUUAACGGACCCGGAGGCUUUGGGUGUUACAAACAGCGAAUCAAAACCAAACCAGGGCAGGAGCGAAUCAAGCUGUAUGGCCACGACAGGGGGAGGGUAUAAGAGGGAAGAGUUCCUGCUAGAUUUGUCGAUUUUGGAAACGGCAAGCACUUCCAACCACUUUGUUUAUGUCACAUACUUUGUGCCUGGACUCCUGACUACCUACUACCUAUACUAUUCAACUUCUUUUCAUUCCUGGUACAACUUGAAACAAAAUAUUGCCUUCGGCCGCCCUACAUUGAGAGUUAUACAAACAACAGUCCCAGUACAAAUGGAGAGAUACUCGCGCAUUUAUACUUACAUCCUGGCGGGGGUUGCAUUCACGAUGCUCGUGCUAGCUUUGCUCAUCGUCAGGUGUUGCUAUUACAAACGCUACGACUUCGACAGGGCGAAGGAGAUCGAUGAAGAGCUCGCAGAAAUCCGGAGCGGUCGCAGUGGCUAUCUUCCCUGGGAAAUACAGAGGUCGCGGGUAGAUCGCGGCGAUUGGAACAUGAUCAGUCGGUACUAUCGCCGUCACCCGGAGCUACUAGUAGAUGAAGAUUAA